AUGGCAUGGAUUGGGGGCAUCAUCCAGCUGGUGCCCUUCCCAGAGGAGCUGAACCCGCGCGGCCGCAACGUGUGCCGUGCUCCCGGCUCUCAGGAGCCCACGUGCUGCACCGGCUGGAAGCAGCAGGGGGACGAGUGUGGGGUCGCGGUGUGCGAAGGCAACUCCACGUGUUCGGAGAAUGAGGUGUGCGUGCGGCCUGGCGAGUGCCGCUGCCGCCAUGGCUACUUCGGUGCCAACUGCGACACCAAGUGCCCGCGCCAGUUCUGGGGCCCCGACUGCAAGGAGCUGUGUAUCUGCCACCCGCAUGGGCAGUGCGAGGAUGUGACAGGCCAGUGUACGUGUCACGCGCGGCGCUGGGGCGCACGCUGCGAGCAUGCGUGCCAGUGCCAACACGGCGUGUGCCACCCGCGGAGCGGCGCGUGUCGCUGCGAGCCUGGCUGGUGGGGCGCUCAGUGCGCCAGCGCGUGCUACUGCAGCGCCACGUCGCGCUGCGACCCGCAGACGGGCGCGUGCCUGUGCCACGCAGGCUGGUGGGGCCGCAGCUGCAACAAUCAGUGCGCCUGCAACACAUCGCCGUGCGAGCAACAGAGCGGCCGCUGCCAGUGCCGCGAGCGUACAUUCGGCGCGCGCUGCGAGCGCUACUGCCAAUGCUUUCGCGGCCGCUGCCACCCUGUGGACGGCACGUGCGCCUGCGAGCCUGGCUACCGUGGCAAGUACUGCCGGGAGCCGUGCCCUGCCGGCUUCUACGGCCUGGGCUGCCGCCGCCGAUGCGGCCAGUGCAAGGGCCAGCAGCCUUGCACGGUGGCCGAGGGCCGCUGCCUGACAUGCGAGCCAGGCUGGAACGGCACCAAGUGUGACCAGCCAUGCGCCACCGGCUUCUACGGCGAGGGCUGCGGCCACCGCUGCCCGCCGUGCCGCGACGGGCAUGCCUGCAACCACGUCACCGGCAAGUGCACGCGCUGCAACGCGGGCUGGAUCGGCGACCGGUGCGAGACCAAGUGCAGCAAUGGCACUUACGGCGAGGACUGUGCAUUCGUGUGCGCCGAUUGCGGCAGCGGCCACUGCGACUUCCAGUCGGGGCGUUGCCUGUGCAGCCCCGGAGUCCAUGGGCCCCAGUGA